AUGGUUUACCACUAUUCUGUCUCAAUACACCAGUUACCUUUGAGCGAAUUGAACAUUAAUUUUGAAGUAGAUUUCAACCCAGAUUCAAUCGUCUGGUCCAUUUGCAUCAAAUCUUACAGCACUAGUGGCUAUUUGAAUAUACUUGCCGGAGUUAGUGUGUAUGGUGUAACACUUUUGAAUGCCAAUAGUGCCAAUAAUGUAGAUCCAUUUUAUCCAGCUGGCGGUUUCUCAGCAGAGACUGUUGAUGCCUGUUUAGGUCACCCGAGUCCAGUCACUAAUGAGUACCAUUAUCAUGCUGGAUUCGGUUGUGCAUUGGACCCUCCAAGUGGUGCCAUCUUGUAUUGUGCUGGCACUACUGCUUGCAGCACAAGUGUGGCCAAUUAUAGUAUUGCAAAGUUUUCGAAUCAUCGUAAUUUAACUGUAACAAGUGGCUUUGCUAUUUGUAAUGGUAUGUUUAAUGAUUCGAUUGGAAAUUAUGGUUAUUUCGUUACGCGAACGUAUCCAUAUGUAACAGGAUGUUUUGGUCCUGGAAACUAUCCGAAUGCAUCUGUUAAUUGUUCAACUAAUGCACCAAGUUCAUAUAGUAAAUCAGUGUACGCUCUGAAUCUAAUUUCAACGACUACACUGAUUACAUCAACACUAAACCAAACUACACGAGCAAAUAAUUACUUUGGUUAUCAGAAUAGUAGUACGGUGCAAAUUACAUUGUCUUCGUCGGCUCACACUGCAUGGCAGUCAACAUCAAAUUGUUCGGUACAACAAUGCAACAUAAGUUUGAAUAAUGACAACAACUGUCGUUCUUCAUCAAUCCCUUGUUACAACUAUCUUUCAUUCAAUAGUACAAGUUAUUGUGCACCUGGUAUUUUAUGUUCAAUUUUACAGUCAUGUUACAAUGUUGCUUUGAGCUGUGGAUCAAAUGAUUUUGUAUGCAUUGUUAAUUCGUGUUGUACACCACAGCCCGUUUGUUUACCCAUCUUAUUCACCAGUUUUUGUCCACCAGGCAAUGAAAUACGUGAAAUUUGCAAAGUCAUUGCGAAGUGUUAUGUUCCCCUUUUGGAUUUUAUUUUAUUUUAUGAUAUUAUAUAUCAGGCAAUGAGAACCUAG